GGGCAGCGCAGCGGCAAUGACGACGCAAGCAUAGGCAGGAUGGCGCAUGCGCGUUGCUAGGGCCCUUAGCCGUGUCCCUCUUACUUCCUGCCUGCGCCUCUCUGCUUCCGGGUCAGCGCGGAGCGUGUAUGUUUCUCGUCAGGGCCUCCGAGCCGGGGAGCCCGACGCCGGCCCGAUGCUGAACAGCCGCCGCGCAGGCGGGAGCGGCUGCCCCGGGGCUUAGGGAGGGAUCCGGGGAGCGGGCGGCCCCGGGUGCGGUCUGGGCCUGGUAGAUGCGGCCCCGGCGCCCGCCAUGGACAAGAUCCUGGAGGGGCUGGUGAGCUCGUCGCACCCGCUGCCGGUGAAGCGGGUGAUCGUGCGGCGGGUGGUGGAGUCGGCGGAGACGCCGUUGAGCCAGGCCCAGUGCCGGGCCAUGUUCGCGCUCAGCACCCGGCUCAUCCUGCAGGGGCCCGACUCCUUCCAGCGGCAGGUGGGGCGGCAGGUGCUGGAGGCCUACGCCCGCUUCCACCGCGACGAGUUCGAGGCCUUCUUCAACCGCGGCCUGGUGCUGGGGCUGCUGCAGCGCGGCUACGGGGGGCUGGGCAGCCGCGACCCCGCCAUCCUGGACUACGUCCAGGCCGGGCUGCGCCUCAUCAUCAGCUGCCCCUCGGUGCUGGAGCUCUUCGCGCUGCUGCAGGUAGAGGCGCUGCGGAUGGUGUGUGAGCGGCCCGCGCCCCCGCUCUGCGCCCGCCUGUGCCAGCUGCUGGGCGACUUCCCGCAGUGCCUGCCCCGCGGCAGGAAGCUCUCGCUCGCUUUCUGCCAGCAGCUGGUGCGCAGCAUUGCCCAUUUCCAGAGCCAGGGCAGCCGGGAGUCCGAGCUGCGUCUUUAUGUUUCCCAAGUCACCCAGGUCAGCGGCCUCCUGCGCAGCAUCUGGAAGGCCGAGCCCGACACGCUGUUGCCUUCUUUGCAGGAGCUCUUCGCCGUUAUCUCCUCCACAGAUACUUCAUUUGAGCCUUCUGUUGCACUGGCAAGCCUUGUGCAGCAUAUCCCAUUACAGAUGAUUACAGUACUCAUCAGGAGCCUUACCACAGAUCCAAAUGUAAAAGAUGCAAGUAUGACUCAAGCACUCUGCAGAAUGAUAGACUGGCUGUCCUGGCCCCUGGCUCAGCAUGUGGAGACAUGGGUGAUUGCGUUGCUGAAAGGACUAGCUGCAGUCCAGAAAUUCACUAUUCUCAUCGAUGUUACUUUACUUAAGAUAGAACUGGUUUUUAAUCGACUUUGGUUUCCGCUUGUGAGGCCUGGUGCUCUGGCUGUCCUUUCUCACAUGUUGCUUAGUUUUCAGCAUUCUCCAGAGGCUUUUCACUUGCUUGUUCCACAUGUGGUCAACUUGGUUCACUCCUUUAAAAACAAUGGCUUGCCUUCCAGUGCAGCUUUCUUAGUGCAGCUGACUGAGUUGAUACACUGUAUGAUGUAUCAUUAUUCGGGAUUUCCAGAACUCUAUGAACCUAUUCUGGAAGCUAUUAAGGAAUUGCCCAAACCAAGUGAAGAGAAGAUUAAGUUGAUUCUCAAUCAAAGUGCCUGGACUUCUCAAUCCAGUUCAUUGCCAUCUUGUUUGUCUAGACUUUCUGGAAAAUCUGAAACUGGGAAAACGGGUCUAGUUAACCUAGGAAAUACAUGUUAUAUGAACAGUGUUAUUCAGGCACUUUUUAUGGCCACAGAUUUCAGGAGACAUGUAUUAUCUUUGAAUCUAAAUGGGUGCAAUUCACUAAUGAGAAAAUUACAGCAUCUCUUUGCAUUUUUGGCUCAUACUCAGAGGGAGGCAUAUGCACCUCGGAUUUUCUUUGAUGCUUCCAGGCCACCAUGGUUUACUCCUAGAUCCCAGCAAGACUGCUCAGAGUAUCUCAGGUUUCUGCUAGACAGACUGCAUGAAGAGGAGAGAACCUUGAAAGCUUUGUCUUCAGCAAAGCCAUCUGAGAAUAUGAUGAGUAGUGAGUCCUUGGUACAGGAAACUGCCAACAAGGCACAAGUGUUUACUGAGGCACCUUGCACAGGAGAUGAAGAAAGAACAUUGAUAGAGAAAAUGUUUGGAGGGAAACUACAGACCAGUAUAUGCUGUUUGAACUGCAAAAGUACUUCUCAAAAAGAAGAAGCCUUCACAGAUCUGUCGCUGGCAUUUUGUCCUCCCACUUCCUUGGAAAAUGUUGACAUGCGAAGUAUAACACAUUCUUCUGAAGUGAAAGAUGACUGCAUGGUGCAAACUGGUAUUGUAGCAUCCAGUCCUGUUGAAGAAUCAGCACUUGAUACAUCUCUGGCAGUAAGUGAUGGCUGUGAAACAGUAAUGAAUGAAGGAAUUCUGAAAGACCACCUUCCUGCUGAGUUGAUCUCUGAGAAUAUUACAGAUUCUGAUCUGUACAGAGUUCAGGAUACUAAGAAUGUGUCUCAGAAGCCAGUAAGUGAAAAUACUCCCUCAGUUACUGACUUACUAAAUUAUUUUCUGGCACCUGAGAUUCUAAAUGGAGACAACAAGUAUUAUUGUGAAAAAUGUACCUCUCUACAGAAUGCAGAGAAAAUUAUGCAAAUCAUGGAGGAACCGGAAUACCUCAUUCUCACUCUCCUCAGAUUUUCAUAUGAUCCAAAGUGUCAUAUAAGGCGCAAAAUCCUGGACAAUGUGUCUCUGCCACUUAUUUUGGAACUACCAGUCAAAAGAACUGCAUCCUCUUUAGGUGUAGUAUCAAAGGGCUGGUCCGUGGACAUUGAAUUCUCUGACGCUGGAGAAAAUCUUGCUAAAAAACUGAAGCCCUCAGCUGCUGAAGAAGCGUGCUGCCCAGAAUUGGUACCUUAUGUAUUAAGUUCUGUUGUGGUGCACUCUGGUAUAUCCUCUGAAAGUGGGCAUUAUUAUUCUUAUGCCAGAAAUAUCACUGGUUCAGGGCCUUCCUUAGGGCUGUGCCAACAAUCAAAAAAUAUGGCUUUAGCUUCCCAUGGCAGCUUGUUGGCAGGGGAGAUUUCCCGUGCAGUUAUCGAAAAUGAUCUGGACGCUAAUGAGAUGUCAAAAGAGUGGUUUCUAUUUAAUGACAGCAGAGUGACAUUUACCUCAUUUCAGUCUGUCCAGAAAAUUACCAGUAGGUUUCCAAAGGACACUGCUUAUGUGCUGUUGUACAAAAAACAGAAUUGUAGUAAUGGUUUCAAUGCCAAUUCAGCAAAUGGACUCUGGGUGAACGGAGACCCUCCUCUGCAGAAAGAGCUUAUGGAUGCUAUUACAAAAGAUAAUAAACUGUAUUUACAGGAGCAAGAACUUAGUGCUCGAACGCAAGCACUACAAGCAGCCUCGACCUCAUGCUCUUUUCGACCCAAUGGAUUUGAUGACAAUGAUCCCCCAGGAAGCUGUGGACCGGCAGGGGGCGGGGGUGGGGGAGGAUUCAGUACUAUUGGUAGACUAGUGUUUUGAGGAAGACCUAGAAUACAUUGGUUCCAAAACUGCUCCCACUGCUGCUUAGGACUGGUUAAACCACUGAACUGCUUCAAAUAUCCUACCAAGCUUUUGUUUUUGAGACAUAAUCCUUGUUCAGAAAACAAAUGUUAAUUUUGUUUGUUUUGGUUUUAUUUGAAAUUAAAUAAGUGCAUCAUGGAGAAAACUACCUCUUAAAAAUUCUAUCGUUUUAAUAGCAAGAUGUGCUUGGCCAAAAAAGAGAAGAGAAAAAAAAAUGUAAUCCCUAAUGUUGCUGCAUAAAAUUUAAUAAAUGCAAUUAAAUCAGUUUGUACCAUCCCAAUCCAUUGAAUAAAGGAAGAGAGCUCAUUCAUAAGAGAGAUGAUUAUUCAAUAGUGGAAUACUUUCAGGCGGGCAUAAUUGCAUACAUAUUUUUUCCUUCAUAAGUCUGGAUAUCUUAAUGGUGACAGGGAGGAUGCACCCUUAUAAUGAAGGCAAUAACUUAAAAUUUAAAACAUGACCUGCUACAGUACUUUCCAGGGUAGGAAUUAUUCAGAUUCAGUAUAUUUGCAUUUUGAGUACAACUGUAAAAAGUCAUUUAUACACAUUUGCUAAAUCAUUUUCAAGAAAUGUGCAUGGUCUUGUAGGAACAAAAUUUUUAACUAGAAAUUGCUAAAUUUGUAGUAUUCCUAAUUGUUUUGAGGAUUUUUAAAUUAUUUCAGGAAGUAUAUCUGCUCUGUAUUUGAAAGGAGGAGGUUCUGUAUGUGCCUUGCAGUACUGUAACUUAAAUACAAAACUUUCUGAGGCUGUGGAAGAGUUAAAGAACAAUGUUAGAAAUUGUUUUGUGUUAAUAUUAGAAAUUAAUACAUUUUUUGGAAAGUUAUUAGAUUUUUCCAGAAGUAAAAUCUGAUGGUUCUAAAA